AUGGCCAAGUCACCUGCUAUGUGCCUCAUCUUGGAGGUGAAGCAGCUCCUCCUGAUUCUUGCUGCAAUUUUGGGUGUGGUUGUUUACCACCUGUCCAUCUUUGGCAUACUCUCCUCGAGUAUCCCCAAUCAUGUGACCAAGAUCAAGGUGAUCGGUGCCCUACUCAUGCCUGAUAUGGUUACCACCAUCACGGCAUCCAUCCUCAACAUCGUAAUCAUAUUACUACUCAACAAAGGUUACGACAAGCUGGCCCUCGUACUCACUGAUCUGGAGAUGCCCAAGAUGCAAGGUGAAUAUGAGUAUCGGCUGACGCUCAAGAAAUUCUUAUUUCAGUUCGUCAACUUCUACUCGGCGUCUUUCUACAUUGCAUUUUUCAAAGGGAAAUUCAUCGGCUUCCCCGGAAGCUACACUUACUUUGGAAAAUGGAGAAUCGAGGAGUGUCCCCCAAACGGCUGUCUCUUUGAACUGACUUCUCAACUCACUGUCAUCAUGGUAGUGAAGCAGAUGGUUGGCAAUUUUCAGGUCAUCAUCCCAUGGUUCAGCAAUUGGUGGGCCCAGCGUCGGGCCAAGCUAAGGCCUGAGGCUGUCUACACGCGCUGGGAGCAAGACAUGGACCUACAGCCCCAGAGUCCACUUGGACUCUUUGAUGAAUACCUCGAGAUAGGUUGUGGGUGGUAUAUUACCCAUACUUCGGGUUGUUGA